CACCGCCGCACGACAUGGGACCCGCCUUCCACUUAGCCCGCGCCGCCGACCCCCGUGAGCCGCUGGAGAACUCCGCCAGCGAGUCGUCCGACACGGAGCUGCCAGAGAAGGAGCGCAGCGGGGAACCGAAGGGGCCCGAGGACAGCGGUGCCGGCGGCGCGGGCUGCGGAGGUGCGGAGGACCCCGCCAAGAAGAAGAAGCAGAGGCGGCAACGCACGCACUUCACAAGCCAGCAGCUGCAAGAGCUGGAGGCCACGUUCCAAAGGAACCGCUACCCCGACAUGAGCAUGCGGGAGGAGAUCGCAGUGUGGACCAACCUCACGGAGCCGCGCGUGAGGGUCUGGUUCAAGAACCGGCGGGCCAAGUGGCGGAAGCGCGAGCGCAACCAGCAGCUGGACCUGUGCAAGGGCGGCUACGUGCCGCAGUUCAGCGGCUUGGUGCAGCCCUACGAGGACGUGUACGCCGCCGGCUACUCCUACAACAACUGGGCCGCCAAGAGCCUGGCGCCCGCGCCGCUCUCCACCAAGAGCUUCACCUUCUUCAACUCCAUGAGCCCGCUGUCCUCGCAGUCCAUGUUCUCGGCGCCCAGCUCCAUCUCCUCCAUGACCAUGCCGUCGAGCAUGGGCCCGGGCGCCGUGCCCGGCAUGCCCAACUCGGGUCUCAACAACAUCAACAACCUCACCGGCUCCUCGCUUAACUCGGCCAUGUCCCCCGGCGCCUGCCCCUACGGCACACCCGCCUCGCCCUAC